AUUCGAAUCAGUCUGUUCCGAGCGAUAGACGAGUGUGCACGUUCGCUUCGAUUUAAAAAACAAAUAUGUUUACGAAUCAGUGUUUACUAAUAGUGGAUUUGUGACUGAGUAUCGAUAAUAUGACAUACAAUAAGUGUUAUAAUACAGUGAAUUAAUUACAAUGGCUCGGAUUAUUUUUCUGCUGCUCUGUUCGUGGUUAGUGGUUGCUGCCCAGGAGGAGGUAGAAGGUGGAAAAUGCGAAAGGAUCCAGCUACCACUUUGCCAGGAUUUGAGAUACAAUUGGACCGCGAUGCCUAAUCUGAUGGGACACAAGGAUCAGAAGGAAGCAGCCGAAGCUAUGGGCGGGUUCGUUGGCAUAUUGGCCAGCGGAUGUUCGGUCCACGCUCGCUUCCUGCUAUGUUCGGCGUUCGCUCCUCUCUGCACCGAACAGGUCUCGGGCUCUGUCAGCGCUUGCAGAGCGCUCUGCGACACUGUAGUCGAAGACUGCAAGGAACAACUGAAACUACUGAGCAUCACUAUCGACUGCUCCGCAUUUCCCAACAGUGCUGAUAGAAAACUCUGUAUGAGACCACCAAACGCCAGCGAGCUGGAACCUGAACCGCCUCCGCCGCCCCGUUGGUUCUUUCAGGAACACGAAUUGAGAGAACAUGGCUGUCCGCCAGCGUACACUCGAGCACCGACAGGUGAAUGCUGGCCGUCAUGUGGACACCAUGCCAGAUACAGUCAAACCGAUAAGAGGUCCACUGAAAUAUGGAUGACGACGCUAGCUUGGUUCUCGCUCCUGUCAACCUCUUUUGCCCUACUGACAUUUUGUGCGGAACCUUCAAGAUUCCGGUAUCCGGAGAGACCUGUAGUGUGGAUGGCGGCGUGUCACGCUAUAGUAGCCCUUUCCUACGUGACGAGGAGUUGGCUAGGUGCAAAAAUGGUUUCCUGCGCCGGUACCACACUCGCAGUCGAUGGUCUAGCGUCGCCGACUUGCGUCGCUUUCUUUUCACUCACCUACUACUUCACACUGGCGGCGGACGCGUGGUUCGCGAACGCCUGCGUCGCGUGGUACCUGACGGCUGCCAGCGAGUGGUCCAGCGAAGCGCUGGAGCGCGCCGCUGCAUACUUACACGCAGUGGCGUGGGGCUGGGCCGGUGCCUGGACUGCAGCGGCUCUAGCGCUGCGGAGGGUCACAGCAGACGAACUGACGGGAACAUGCGGAAUAUCGGACGCAGCGGCUGCAGCACUUAUCGGAGUUCCCCGCGGUGCUUUGCUACUGACGUCGAUAGCAUUGGCAAUAGGCGCAUGUCCGGGGAUAAUGAGAGUAAGACGGGUGUUGGACUCUAGAGGAGCGAAGAGGGUAGGGAGACUCGCGGCACGAGCGGCUGCCGCUGGAGCCUUAUAUUUCAUAUUGGCUACGGCCGGUACUGUCGCAAGAGUGGUGGAGGCUCGCAUGAGGGAGAGUCAAAGCGAGCUGGCGAUACUAGCUGCGUUGGAGACAGGUGCGGAGACGAUUGACGCGAGGGUGGGCGCGGGGGGAGUGUGGGGGUGCGUGUGGCUGUGCGGGGGGGUGGCGGCGGGCGCGUGGGCGUGGUCACGCAAAUCAGCCGUGGUGUGGCGACGCGCGCUGUGUCCGCCGAGGAAGGCUCCGUGCUGUUCGCCGCCGCUGCUACGCCCGCACCACCCCUACUACAAGAGACCGCUGCACGUCUCCAGGGUAUGACGGUUGUGAAAAUGUCUCAAAGACUGCGUACACGUCUCAAAGACUCACAUAGUGUAGUGAACUCAAAGUGCCUAUGCCUUCUGUGAAGGCGCUCUCGAUUGUAAAUAACUUUAUGUACAUAAUAUUGUAAAUGUUAUA